CGUUAUCUCCACUGCUAUCCGUUUUUCUUAGGACUCCAAAGUCUUAACACAAGAGCUCGAGAGAUGAAGCUGAACCUGAAAUGGUUAUGCUCAAAUUGUCUUAUCAUUCUCCUUUGGAUGAGUUUUGCAGCUGAAAGGCAGUAUUGUGAGAGUACAAGUUCAACCCCAAACCCAACCCCCUCACCAUGGCCAGAGCAAUUUCACGCGCUUCUCUACAUGAACCUGAGCACCACGCACCUCCAACUUAGUGACCUAUGGUACGACUGGCCCAAGGGACGCAACGUAAACAUAUUCCAGAAGCAGCUGGGAGAGGUGUUGUACGACAUCGAGUGGGACAACGGCACUUCUUUUUACUUCACCCUCGGCCCAAAUCCAACGUGCAGGGUCAUGGACUUCGAGGUUGGCAUUCCCAGGCCAGAUUUCCUUGAUGGUGCUGUUUACCUUGGAACUCAUGUCACUGAUGGCUUCCUCUGCAACGUGUGGGAGAAAGUUGACUUCAUUUGGUACUUCGAGGAUGUCAUCUCCAAGAGGCCUGUUCGCUGGGAUUUCUAUGACGGAAUAUCCUCCCACGUGAUGACGUGGGAGGCUGGUGCCGUUUUGCCAGAUUCAGUUACUCAAUCACCUGCAUAUUGUUUCGAGAAGAAGGAGGAGAGGAGAGAGAAUGGGUUGAUUUCAUGA